AUGGGUUGUUUCUAUUCUAGAAAAAUGAUUGAGGAAGAUGCAGUAUAUGAUAUGACGCCGAUCCGCCACCUACCGGUAAUUUUUGUCAAUGGCGUUCCAGGCGCUGGCAAUCAAACGGUAGCACAAACUAUAUCGAGUAUCACGGGCUACGUGAUGAUCAGGCCUGGGGAGUUAGUGAGGUCAGAGGCAGAAAAGGACACAUCGAGAGGGCGACUUAUUGCGGAUAAGCUGCAGGCUCAGGAGGAUAUCCAAGAGCAAUUAAUUGUGGAUCUCAUAAAAGAAGCGAUGCUGUCACAGCAAGACGCUAAGGGCUACAUACUGGUAGGCUUCCCGAAGAACCCUCGCAUGUCGAAUAUAUUCAACAGCCAAGUUAAAUGGCCCGAGAAGAUAGUCGCAUUGGAGGUCGAUAAUGAGUUGGACAGUAGCGGUAAUCCAAAAGCGCUCGCUUCAACGUUGAAGGAGAUCUUAUCAGACACAAUAGAGCACAGCGGCAAGAGGCCAGAAUCAGCAGAGAGCAGGCCUCCCACCGCCGCGUCCGCACCCGCGGUGUCUCACCAAGCUCCCACAGUUCCUGUAACAGUCGACAGCGACAUCGAAGUAGAACAAUGA